AUGAAAAUUUGUUUGAUCGCCGUCAUUUUCUUUCUUUACACUGCUCAAGCGGAUACAGAAUUUUCCUCAAUAAAGGCUGAUACAAAUACCUGCUAUCGUUAUUACUGCAAAACUUCUGGUCAAUCGUUUAGUAAAGGCCAAUGUGGUUUGAAAGAACUAAGCAGUGAUGGCCGCUAUAAUGUGUAUGCAUCCCCUACUUGCUCAGAAAAGGAGGCAUGCGCAAUUGGCGCAACUUCUGGAGACACGACAACUUACACAUGCCAAUCAAAUGUUGUGACUGGCUACAAAUGGCCAGGCGAAAAAUGCGACAAUAGUGAUAUGUGCAACCCGACUUAUUCAAGCGGCUGCAAGGAUAGCAGAUGCUUAGGAAGUGGAGAUCAAGAAGAAUGCAUAGAUCAUAACUAUUGUUUACCUGGCUAUUACUGCUUACUCCCCCCUCCGUGAGCGAACAAAAAAAUCUUGUUCGUUCAUGGAGGGGAUUUAAUUUUUUUUCGAAAUUUAAAAAAAUCCUAAUUUGCAAAAAUUGGGAAAGCAAAUAUUAAUUUAAUUUGUGAAAUUUAUAUUUUAAAACUCAAUAUGUUUAAAAUUAAACAGAAUUAGCUAUAGAUUUCAUUAUAAUAAUUAUUACUUAUAUAUCAAAAUUUUUUUAAAUAAAAAAUUUUUGUUCGGGUUUUUGGCAAAAAAUAGUGAUUUUUCUAAUGGUUUUGUUCUCUAAUGAGGGAGAGGAGUUAGGAUAUAACUCAACAACCAAAGGAACUUGCCAAAAGCAGAUUGAAACAAAUGGCUACGACUGUGCCGAAGACUAUGACUGCGUAAACAAUGCUUGGUGCAAUGUCACUAACGUAGUAACAAAAAACCUUUGCUUUAGUUUUGGCUCAUUCGCUGAACAUGCUUAUGUAAGUACCUGCAGCAAUAGCCAGAAUUUCUUAUGUUCUUCCGGAUAUUGUUUUGCUAAAGAAGGAACAGGGCACUAUCAAUGCAGUAAAAAUUUAACUUCAGCUCAGCCAAAUUCUCUUCCAAACACUUGUGAUCUUGAAGGUCAAUUCUGCCAAUCAACCCCAGAUGAAUAUUUCAGUGCUAAUGCAUUUGCUGAAGAACCUUGCGCUUGCGCUUACAACCAAGCUGGAAGCUUAUAUUGUCCGCUUUUCUAUGGAGAUACCCCAGUUAUUCAAUAUUUCACUCAAUUAAAAAAGUGGCUAAAUUCUGAAGAAAGCAAAAAAUGUAAUACAAUAAGAAGAAAUAGCGCAGUGUGUAUAAAGGACUUUUGGGACAGUGACAAUUAUAAUAAGUUAGUUUAUUAUAAUGCCUACUAUGAGUAUUUCGCGAACAUUCAAGGUGCUGAAUCUUGCGUUUUGAAGACUUUUCUAACCGAAUUUUAUGAAGCGAAAAAGGCAUAUGAAGACAGCUCAGCUGAGAUUUUAAUAGUGACAGCUUUGAUAGCGUCAUUAUUUUAA